CGAUCGAGCGUCGCGUUGGACGCUCGCAUUUACCACCGUCAUUUAAACAUAUAUAUUUUUUUGUUUACUAUUAUUUUUACAUAGUGGCUGUGAUAAGUGACAGUUCAGUAACUCUCGAGUUUUUAUAGGUCGAAAGCGUACAGAAAUGUUUAUAGACGAGAAUGAGACGCCGGAAUCAUGGUGGGUAUCGGCAGUGUUGCGGACGAUCCGCGCGGUCGCGUUAGUCUUCGACAUCAUCACCUUCCCCAUACACCUCAUCAUCCAGCGACCAUGGAGGAAACGAGAGCUCUCGCGUCGAAUCAAGGCAAAAAUAAUAGAAACAACGCCAGACAGCAUAACCGUCAGGUCCGUAUCGGAACCCUGCGACCUUCACCUCCGUCUGGUCAAAGACAGAGUUACCACUAUGGAGAGCAUGCUGCGGGCCGCGGCGGCGCGCUGGCAGGAGCGGCCCUGUCUCGGCACGCGCGCCGUGCUCAGCGAGGAAGACGAGCCCCAGCCUAACGGACGUGUCUUUAAGAAGUACAAAAUGGGCGAGUACUCGUGGCGCUCGUACACCGACGUGAGCACGGAGGCGCGCCAGUUCGGCGCCGGCCUGCGCGCGCUCGGCUGCGCGCCGCGCGCCAACGUCGUCAUGUUCGCCGAGACGCGCGCCGAGUGGAUGCUCGCCGCGCACGGCUGCUUCACGCAGAGCAUUCCCGUCGUAACAAUCUACGCGACGCUGGGCGACGAAGCCAUCGCUCACGGUAUCAACGAGACGGAAGUGUCGACUGUGAUCACGACGCACGAGCUGCUGCCCAAGUUCAAGAAGAUUCUAGCAAAAACACCGCGUGUGGACACUAUCAUUUUCAUGGAGGACCAGCUGAAGACCACGGAGCGGAACGGAUUCAAGGAGGGCAUCAACAUUGUCGGUUACAAAGAGGUGCUCGAGAUGGGCAAAACAUCCAAAAUAGAGCCGGUGACGCCGUCCGCGUCGGACACGGCCAUCAUCAUGUACACGUCGGGCUCCACGGGCGUGCCCAAGGGCGUGAUCCUCUCGCACCGCAACAUGGUGGCCACCCUCAAGGCCUUCGCCGACGCCAUGCCCAUCUACCAGGGAGACGUGCUCAUGGGCUUCCUGCCGCUGGCGCACGUGUUCGAGCUGCUGGCUGAGAGUCUCUGUAUCAUUGGAGGAGUUCCGAUAGGGUAUUCUACUCCACUCACAAUGUUGGAUACAUCGAGUAAAAUUAUGAAAGGAACAAUGGGAGACGCUACUAUUCUCAAACCCACGUGCAUUACAACAGUACCGCUCAUCAUGGACCGCAUCAGCAAGGGCAUCACGGACAAGGUGUCGCGCAGCGGGCCGCUGGCCGGCGCCUUCUUCAAGUGGGCGUACGCCUACAAGCAGGCGUGGCAGCGCCGCGGGUACGACACGCCCGUGCUGGACCGCGUCGUGUUCCAAAAGGUGCGCCUACUGCUGGGCGGUCGCGUGCGGCUCAUGAUCUCGGGCGGCGCCCCGUUGGCUCCCGACACGCACACACAGGUGCGUCUGUGUCUGUGCUGCGACGUGGUGGCCGGCUACGGACUCACCGAGACCACAUCUUGCGCUACAGUCAUGGACCCGCUCGACAGGUCGACGGGUCGCGUGGGUGCGCCCACCACCGGCACAGACAUUAAGCUGGUCAACUGGGAGGAAGGCAACUACCGCGUUGAGAACAAACCAUACCCGCAGGGCGAAGUGGUGAUCGGCGGCGACUGCGUAGCGGAGGGCUACUACCGGAACGCGCAGAAGACGCGCGAGGAGUUCCUGGACUCGGCCGGCCGGCGCUGGUUCCGCUCCGGAGACGUGGCUGAGCUGCAUCACGAUGGCUGCAUCAAAAUUAUAGAUCGCAAGAAGGACCUGGUGAAGCUGCAGGCGGGCGAGUACGUGUCGCUGGGCAAGGUGGAGGCGGAGCUGAAGACGUGCCCCAUCGUGGAGAACAUCUGCGUGUACGGCGACAGCUCGAAGACGUACACGGUGGCGCUGCUGGUGCCCAACCCGCGCCACCUGGCCGAGCUGGCGGCGCGCGCGGGGCUGCCCGCCAUGCCGUUCGAGCAGCUGUGCCGCGCGCCCGCCGCCGAGCAGGCCGUGCUGCGCGAGCUGGCCGACCACGCGCGCAAGUGCGGCCUCGAGAAGUUCGAGGUGCCGGCCGCCGUCAAGCUGUGCACCGAGGUGUGGUCGCCCGACAUGGGGCUGGUCACGGCCGCCUUCAAGAUCAAGCGGAAAGACAUCCAGGAGCGCUACAAGGAGGACAUCAAGCGCAUGUACGCGUCGUGAGCGCCGCGAUCGCCGCGAUCGCUCUCUGCGUACCUUUCUCUCGACGAACGAUUAUUUGCAUGAUUUAUUUUCGGUGAUUUUUUUGUAAGUUUUAUUUCGUCCGAGUCCUUCGAGAUUGGGAGGUGUCUUUCGUAUGAUUAUUUGUAUAUCGAGCACAUCACACGUAACUAAGAGAUUGUAUAGAGAAAUUAUUGUAUUGCCAAAUUUAUAUCGGAGAUUGUAGACUAGCAGAACUUAUUUCAAUCGUCGAACGUUAUAAUUUAUAAAUUAGAAGCGAACCUACGCUUUCGAUUCGUUUAGUUCAUAUGUGUUAAAUUUCUAUAAGUCUGUACAUAUUUAUUUAUGAAUAAUGAAAUUGUAGUUUGUAUAUUCGUGUAAAUUUACUCGCGAGGUCGCGACUGAUUAAUGAUAUAUGUUGCUUCUCGUCGAAAUCUUUAAAAAAAUAUAUUAAUAGCAUAGAUAAUUAUAAAUUAUAGAUCUGAUGUCGAUUGGAUAAAUACAAGUGAGAGUAGAUUUUUACGAAGCGUAACGUAGCGCGGUUUGCGGGCCGUCUCCGGCCGGCAUCGAGUGGGCGCGGCUCAAGCGCCUCGUAUGUAUAGUUAGUUACGGCAGAACAUGUCCACAGACAAUAGUUCCGUGACUCGUAAUUUGUAUAAAGAAACUUUUGACCUUGUUAGGCUAAGUUAUCGUUUAGUACUUAGGGGGAGGGGCAUACGCAACUGUUGUAAUAAUUCCGCAAUAAUGCUUUUAUUUAAUAUAAUUUCGUCUGUGGCGAAUCAUCAGCAUAAUCGACCAAAUGGUUUUAGUUCGUAAGCGAGGUAUCGCUUGUAGCUAUUUGUAUAAAGAUUACGAUGGGUCUAUGUUUGAAUUGUGAAAAAUUGUUGAUUAUUAUUAUUUUUAACGUGUAACUGCGGUUAGUCUAGACUGCGUGUGAUCUUUUUAAAAAUCAUUCAUGAAAUUAAUCGAUACUAAUCAUGUGUUGAAAAGCGCAGUCCUAACCGAUAUUAAGGAGCAUUUUAUUUAACGCUUGUCGCAUUUCGCCAGGCAUUUAUACCUUAUAAUGAUAAUCCGUUGAAUUUUACUGUAUAAAAUAUUAUUAAUCGAUGGGAAACUCUACUGCUGUCUUUAGAGUUUCUUGUUUAAAGAUAGCAAUCGAGUCAAGUUUUACUGUAAACAAUAUUAUUGUAUUGAAGAUAUAAAUUUCAUGAUAUAUUUCACGUGGAAUAUCUGUGUGUUGCCGUAAUCGGUAGCGUCAUAUUUUUCGAUGUAAUCGUUUUGAAUAAAUAAAAUUGGAUGUUUCAUAAUAUAAGUAGAAGUCAUUUGCUCAGUUCAUGUUUACGUUUGAAAUUCAUUAAAAUUUCAACUAAAUAACAUUUUUGUAUUAUUUAUUCAAUAAAUGUUUAUAAAAUCAU